AUGAUCUCCCCAAUCAUACAAGCCGUCCUCGCAUGCGGAGCGACGUGGUUCCUGUGGACGAUCUUUCGUAGGUUUGUAGUGAAGAGCGAUCUCGACAACCUACCGGGUCCGUCGUCGUCUUCCUACCUCUAUGGUCACAUGAAGCAGUUGUACAGCAAGCAGAGCUUCGGCUUCCACCGGAGCCUAGGUGACAAGUAUGGUCCGGUCGUGCGUUUGCGCGGUACUCUCGGGAGCAACGUGUUGUAUAUUUUCGACCCGAAGGCGAUGCAUCACAUCGUUAUCAAGGACCAAGAAAUCUUCCAAGAAGCGACGUGGUUCAGUAGAUUGAACUAUUACACUCUUGGCCUCGGUCUGUUUACCACUCUCGGCGACCACCACCGCAAGCAGCGCAAGAUGCUGAACCCCGUCUUUUCGGUCAACCAUAUGCGCCAUAUGACCCCAAUCUUCUACGAGGUCUCGCACAAGCUCCGGACGGCGGUCCAAUCGCGCGUGCAUGAUGCGCGUCCAACCGAGAUAGACAUGGUGAGCUGGAUGGGCCGCACCGCGCUGGAGCUCAUGGGUCAGGCUGGCUUGGGCUACUCGUUUGACCCGCUUGUCGGCGAUGCCGCAGACGAUUACGGCGCGGCGAUAAAGGACCUCAUGCCGUCCUUGGCGGCGUCUGGCGGGAUGCAUCGCUACGUCCCGCACUUCGAGGCAGUUGUGCCCAAGAACUUGCGCCGCACCGUCGCAGAGCUCAUCCCGGCCCCGCCGCUGCACAGGAUCAUGCGCACCACCGACACUCUCCGGACCCGCUCGGGUGAGAUCUUCCAACUGAAGAAGCAGGCAAUUCUUGCUGGCGACGAGGCCUUGAAGGCACAGGUUGGAGAAGGCAAAGAUUUGAUCAGCAUUCUACUCAAGGCUAACAUGGAGGCGUCCGAAGAGGACAAAGUGCCCGAGGAGGAGAUUGUCAGCCAGAUGUCCACGCUUACGUUCGCCGCUAUGGACACCACCUCGAAUGCGCUCUCCCUGAUUUUAUGGCGUCUUGCCAAGAACCCUGCGGCACAGGACAGGCUUCGCAAGGAGGUACUCGACGCACAGGCCGCGCACGGCGGAGGUGAUAUCGGGUACGACGACCUGGUGGCAUUGCCCUACAUGGACGCCGUGUGUCGCGAGACUCUGCGCUGCCACACCCCCGCGCCUUACCGCUUCCGCGAGGCGCGCAAAGACGUCGUGCUCCCGCUCUCGGUGCCCGUACGUGGCAAGGAUGGACGCAUGAUGCACGAGAUCUUCGUCCCGAAAGACACGUCCGUUUUCGUCGGCAUCAACGCUUCUAACACGAACACCGCGCUUUGGGGCGCGGAUGCGUACGAAUGGAAGCCCGAGCGCUGGCUGAAGCCACUCCCCGAUGCGGUGCUCGAGGCUAAGAUCCCUGGCGUGUACGCUAACCUUAUGACGUUCUGGGGUGGCGGACGCGCGUGCAUCGGCUUCAAAUUCUCGCAGCUCGAGAUGAAGGUCGUCCUCGCCGUGCUCAUCUCGACGUUCACCUUCGAGCUCACGGAGAAGCGCAUCUACUGGAACAUGGCCGAGGUGCAGUACCCCUCUGCAGACCCGCGGGGCGAACAUCCAGAGCUUCCCCUGAAGGUCGGGUUGGUUAAACGCGAGGCUAUGCAGGCUUGA